AGGAAGAGAGAGUCAGUAGCGAGCGAGACGUCAGAGGAAGGCGACGCUCUCUCUCAUAGCUCCGUCAUGUCUCCGGACACCGCAAAAAAGGGGAAAUCUACUCCCAAAGUGGCUCAAGAACUACCAUCAUUUGAGAAGAUGAUGGUCAAAUUCAGACAUGGUGACUCUCAGGUGUGGUGGAUUGUGUUUGGUGUAAUUUGCCUUUUGACUGCAGCUACAAGGUUUUACAAAGUUGGAGAGCCAGAACAUGUCGUUUGGGAUGAAACUCACUUUGGGAAGUUCGGAAGUUGGUACAUCAACAGAACGUUUUUCUUUGAUGUUCAUCCUCCUCUUGGAAAGAUGAUGAUUGGAGCUUUUGGUUACUUGACUGGAUAUGAUGGGACAUUUCCAUUUGUCAAGCCUGGGGACUCGUAUGAAGGAGUCAACUAUCUGGGCAUGAGAGUGUGUUGCACUGCCUUGGGGGCUUGCUUGGUACCAUUUGCCUUCAUUAUUGUCUGGGAGAUGACCCACUCUCUACCAGCAGCAGCUCUGGGGUCUUCUCUUAUUCUUUUUGAUAUUGGUUUACUGACACUAAAUCAGUACAUUUUACUGGAUCCAAUUCUGCUUUUCUUCAUCAUGGGAUCUGUAAUGGGUAUGAUGAAAUUCCUUAACCAGCGUGACAGGCCCUUCUCGGUUGGUUGGUGGGGUUGGCUGACUUUCACGGGGAUGAUGUUAUCAGGAUCAGUAUCUGUCAAAUUUGUGGGCUUGUUUGUGGUGUUGUAUGUUGGCCUCCACACAAUUAAGGAGCUCUGGGAUCUCUAUGGUGAUCUCAAUAAUUCCCUGCUCUAUGUUGGGAAGCAUUUUAUUGCCCGUGCUGUGGGUCUUAUUGUCCUGCCAAUUGUGUUGUACUGUGUGUAUUUUUACAUUCAUCUGACAGUUCUGAGCAAAAGUGGUAAUGGGGAUGGCUUCUAUAGUUCUGCUUUCCAGUCCCAGUUAGAAGGCAAUUCCUUAUACAAUGCCAGCAUGCCAUUAGAACUUGCAUAUGGUGCUGAAAUCACUCUGAAGAAUGCCCGCACAGGUGGAGGCUAUUUGCAUUCUCACAUUCAUUUGUAUCCUGAAGGCACUGGGGCUCGGCAACAACAGAUCACAACCUAUUCCCAUAAGGAUUAUAAUAACAAAUGGUUGGUGAAGAAAUGGAAUGAAGAACCAGGUGACUGGGAGGAUGAUGAUCCUGUAGAGCUAGUGAAAAAUGGUGACCUGAUUCGCUUAGAGCAUGUCCCGACUGGAAGAAACCUCCACUCACAUCGCGAACAAGCUCCUGUCACUAAGCGGCACCAUCAAGUAACAGGGUAUGGUGAAAAUGGAGUUGGAGAUGUGAAUGAUGUGUGGCGUGUAGAAGUAAUUAACGGAGAAGAGGAGGAAGUUGUGAAAACAGUGGUACAUAAAGUACGCUUUGUGCACUAUCUAGUUGGCUGUUCACUGAUGUCCCACAAUAAGCAGCUGCCCAAGUGGGGUUUCGAACAGAUGGAAGUGACAUGCAAUCCCAACGUACAUGAUCCUAAUAAUGUUUGGAAUAUUGAGGAUAACGUUUUCCCAAAAUUACCCAAUACUAGUUUUGAGAUUUAUGCACCUAAUUUCUUGGAGAAAUUCCUUGAAGCCCACACUGUAAUGUUCCAAGGAAAUUCUGGGUUGAAACCUAAAGAAGGAGAGAUUACAUCACAACCCUGGCAGUGGCCAAUUAACAUCAAGGGUCAGUGGUUCUCCGCUAUCGAUGGAUACAAAGUUUACCUGCUGGGUAAUCCCAUCAUUUGGUGGGGUAACCUAGUUGUGUUGGCUGCUUUUGUGCUGGUCUAUAUCUACAAUGCUUACAGGACCCAAAGGGGGCUGAAGGAUGAUGCUGCAACAAGAGCCCGACGUGAGAAGGCCAUAGGAGCCUGCGGGUGGCUAGCUGUGGCAUGGGCACUUCACUACCUGCCCUUCUUUGCCAUGGGGCGUAUUUUGUAUUUCCACCACUACUUCCCAGCUCUGCUCUUCUCUUCCAUGCUCACAGGUGUUAUCCUUGAUUACCUUCUGGAGUCGAUUCCUAAUUUGGUUCCUCCAUUCCUGUCUGUGUCAGUGUAUCACUGGAUGACUGGUUUGGUAUAUUCAGUCCUUGCUUACAGUUUUUAUAUGUUUGCACCCCUUGCAUAUGGAAUGCACAAUCUGGAGCCAGGUUUUGAGAAUGGCACCAUUCAGAACAUCCGCUGGCUUGACUCAUGGGAGUUCUAAAUCAUGAGUUUAGGUCCAAUAAGAGGAAUAAAUUAUAUACGGUAUAUGUGUGAAUCUCAUUCAGUAGAUCUGAUACAUGUGGUAUAUAAAAAAAAGCUGUUGCUGGAGACAACCCAAGAAAGACAUGUAUUGAAUGAACGCCAACAACAAAGCAUGUUGUUGUUAUCUGAGGAUUAUUUAUGAAAGAAUAAGAUUUUACAAGAUAACUCCAGUAAUUCAUGUCACCCUUGAUCUACUAUGCUAUAAGGAGGAUCAUACAUAGGAAUAUGUAUGGUUUGAAUAAUCCUUCUUGUUUUUCAUAGGAAGUCAAUGUUGAUGGGCAUCUUAAAUUUAUUUGAUUUAUUAUUGUGGAGAGGAUCAAACAAAAAUUCUUUCAUGUUAUGUAUGAUGAUUAUGAGAAGCAGAUCUUUGAAUUUAAGAUAUUUUUAGGAGAUCUGUUGUUUGUUUAAAAAUAUUUUGUUGAUCAUUAAUAAUUAAUUGAUAUUAAAUGUAUGGUAAUUAUUUUACAAAAUCAUAUUUUUGUACUCUUUCUAAUAAAGAUUCUGGUUAAUAUACAAA